GAAAAAAAGAAGCAUCUAUCGCUGGUCCCCCCCCCACCACCUCCAGCCGAGUCCACCCGCUGCUCUUGCCCCCUCCCUCCCCUCCCUCUCCUUCCUUUCCCGGAGAGGGGACAGGACCGGGGGGAGGCAGGCGGCCAGCCCCGGAGGAGGGGGCGCCGGGGGGCUGCGGUUAGAAGGAGCAGUAGCAGCAGCAGCAGGAGAAGAUGCUGAGGAUGCGGACCACGGGAUGGGCGCGCGGCUGGUGCUUGGGCUGCUGCCUCCUCCUGCCGCUCUCGCUCAGCCUGGCGGCCGCCAAGCAACUCCUCCGAUACCGGCUGGCCGAGGAGGGCCCCGCCGACGUCCGCAUCGGCAACGUCGCGUCAGACCUGGGCAUCGUGACCGGCUCGGGGGAGGUGACUUUCAGCCUGGAGUCGGGCUCCGAGUACCUGAAGAUCGACAACCUCACGGGCGAGCUGAGCACGAGCGAGCGGCGCAUCGACCGCGAGAAGCUGCCCCAGUGUCAGAUGAUCUUCGACGAGAACGAGUGCUUCCUGGACUUUGAGGUGUCGGUGAUCGGGCCCUCGCAGAGCUGGGUGGACCUGUUCGAGGGUCGGGUCAUCGUGCUCGACAUCAACGACAACACGCCCACCUUCCCGUCGCCCGUGCUCACGCUCACGGUGGAGGAGAACCGGCCGGUGGGCACGCUGUACCUGCUGCCCACUGCCACCGACCGGGACUUCGGCCGCAACGGCAUCGAGCGCUACGAGCUGCUCCAGGAGCCCGGGGGCGGCGGCGGCGGCGAGGGCCGGCGCGCGGGGCCGGCCGACAGCGCCCCCUACCCCGGGGGCGGCGGGAACGGCGCGAGCGGCGGCGGCUCCGGGGGCUCCAAGCGGCGGCUGGACGCCCCGGAGGGCGGCGGCGGGACCGGCCCCGGCGGCCGCAGCAGCGUGUUCGAGCUGCAGGUGGCCGACACUCCAGACGGGGAGAAGCAGCCGCAGCUGAUAGUGAAGGGGGCGUUGGACCGCGAGCAGCGCGACUCGUACGAGCUGACCCUGCGGGUGCGCGACGGCGGCGACCCCCCUCGCUCGUCGCAGGCCAUCCUGCGGGUGCUCAUCACCGACGUGAACGACAACAGCCCCCGCUUUGAGAAGAGCGUGUACGAGGCCGACCUGGCGGAGAACAGCGCCCCGGGGACCCCCAUCCUGCAACUGCGCGCCGCCGACUUGGACGUGGGGGUCAACGGGCAGAUCGAGUACGUGUUCGGGGCGGCCACCGAGUCCGUGAGGCGGCUGCUGCGCCUCGACGAGACGUCGGGCUGGCUCAGCGUCCUGCACCGCAUCGACCGCGAGGAGGUAAACCAGCUGCGCUUCACGGUCAUGGCUCGCGAUCGCGGGCAGCCCCCCAAGACCGACAAGGCCACCGUGGUCCUCAACAUCAAGGACGAGAACGACAACGUGCCGUCCAUUGAAAUCCGCAAGAUCGGACGCAUCCCUCUCAAGGACGGGGUGGCCAACGUGGCCGAGGACGUCCUGGUCGACACCCCCAUCGCUCUGGUGCAGGUGUCGGACCGAGACCAGGGCGAGAACGGGGUGGUCACCUGCACCGUGGUGGGCGACGUGCCCUUCCAGCUCAAGCCGGCCAGCGACACGGAGGGCGACCAGAACAAGAAAAAGUACUUCCUGCACACCUCAGCCCCUCUGGACUAUGAGGCCACUCGGGAGUUCAACGUGGUCAUAGUGGCGGUGGACUCCGGCAGCCCCAGCCUCUCCAGCAACAACUCCCUGGUUGUCAAGGUGGGAGAUACCAACGACAACCCGCCGGUGUUCGGCCAGUCGGUGGUGGAGGUUUACUUCCCCGAGAACAACAUCCCGGGCGAGAGGGUGGCCACCGUGCUGGCGACAGACGCCGACAGCGGAAAGAACGCGGAGAUUGCGUACUCCCUGGACCCGUCCGUGAUGGGGAUCUUUGCCAUCGAUCCCGAUUCUGGGGACAUCCUCGUCAAUACGGUGUUGGACCGUGAGCAGACUGACAGGUAUGAGUUUAAAGUUAACGCCAAAGACAAAGGCAUCCCUGUGCUGCAGGGCAGCACCACGGUGAUUGUGCAGGUGGCUGAUAAGAAUGACAAUGACCCCAAGUUUAUGCAGGAUGUCUUUACCUUUUAUGUGAAAGAAAACUUACAGCCCAACAGCCCUGUCGGGAUGGUCACCGUGAUGGAUGCUGACAAAGGGCGGAAUGCAGAGAUGAGCCUGUACAUAGAGGAGAACAGUAAUAUUUUUUCUAUUGAAAAUGACACGGGGACCAUUUACUCCACGAUGUCUUUUGACCGGGAACAUCAGACCACAUACACCUUCAGAGUCAAGGCUGUGGACGGGGGAGAUCCUCCCAGAUCCGCCACAGCCACAGUCUCUCUCUUUGUGAUGGAUGAAAAUGACAAUGCUCCCACCGUUACCCUUCCCAGAAACAUUUCCUAUACUUUACUGCCACCUUCAAGUAAUGUCAGGACAGUUGUAGCUACAGUGUUGGCAACAGACAGUGACGAUGGCAUCAAUGCAGACCUGAACUACAGCAUUGUGGGAGGGAAUCCCUUCAAACUGUUUGAGAUUGAUUCCACCAGUGGUGUGGUUUCCUUAGUGGGAAAACUCACCCAAAAGCAUUAUGGCUUGCAUAGGUUGGUGGUGCAAGUGAAUGACAGUGGGCAGCCUUCCCAGUCCACCACGGCUCUGGUGCAUGUGUUUGUCAAUGAAAGUGUUUCUAACGCAACUGUGAUUGACUCCCAGAUAGCCAGAAGUUUGCAUACCCCACUCACCCAGGAUAUAGCUGGUGACCCAAGCUAUGAAAUUAGCAAACAGAGACUCAGUAUUGUCAUUGGGGUAGUUGCUGGCAUUAUGACAGUAAUUCUAAUCAUCUUAAUUGUAGUGAUGGCAAGGUAUUGCAGGUCCAAAAAUAAAAAUGGCUAUGAAGCUGGCAAAAAAGAUCACGAAGACUUUUUUACACCCCAACAGCAUGACAAAUCUAAAAAGCCUAAAAAGGACAAGAAAAACAAAAAAUCUAAGCAGCCUCUCUACAGCAGCAUUGUCACUGUAGAAGCUUCUAAACCAAAUGGACAGAGGUAUGAUAGUGUCAAUGAGAAGCUGUCAGACAGCCCAAGCAUGGGGCGAUACCGAUCAGUUAAUGGUGGGCCUGGCAGUCCUGACCUGGCGAGGCAUUACAAAUCUAGUUCCCCAUUGCCUACUGUCCAGCUUCAUCCCCAAUCGCCAACUGCAGGAAAAAAACACCAGGCCGUACAAGAUCUACCACCAGCCAACACAUUUGUGGGAGCAGGAGACAACAUUUCAAUUGGCUCAGAUCACUGCUCUGAGUACAGCUGUCAAACCAAUAACAAGUACAGCAAACAGCCAUUUCGUAGAGUGACGUUUUCUGUUGUGAGUCAGCCUCAGGACCCACAUCAGGGGUCACUGCAGAGUUGCUAUGACAGCGGGCUGGAGGAGUCAGAAACACCAAGCAGUAAGAGUUCAUCAGGGCCAAGACUGGGUGCCCUUCCACUCCCAGAGGACAACUAUGAAAGGACCACGCCGGAUGGCAGUGUUGGUGAGGCAGAGCAUAUGGAAAAUGAUUCAAGACCUCUUCCAGAUGUAGCCCUGACUGGGAAGUGCACUCGUGAGUGUGAUGAGUAUGGCCACUCAGACUCCUGCUGGAUGCCGGUCCGCACUUCUCCGGAGAGGAAGAAGAGCCAGCCCAAACUCUCCACUUUCAUGCCUGUAGAUGAACGAGGAAGCCAGGAAAAGCUGGCCAAUGGCGAGGCUGCCAUCAUGGGUGACCGCAACAGAAACCUCCUCAACAAAAAGUUGACCUCAUCCUAUGAGACCUUCAGUGCAGCUAGUUUCAGCAAAAAUGAGGAAGCCAAUCCUGAGGAUAUUCCCCUUACAAAAACAGGGGAAUAUAAGCCAUCUCCUGUCAAUACUCUCACUAGAAGAGAAGUUUACCUGUAGGCUGUCAAGGAGCAACAGCAAAGUUCUUUUCAUGUAUGAGAAGGAGAAUAAGGGGCAAAAAAAAAAACAAAAAAACGUCACAGAGCAAAACCGUUUAAUCACAAAGAGGGGGGCUACCAAAGAGACAAAGCUUUGCCUGCCACUUCUGCCUCCAGAUCAGGCCUUUAGUGAUACUGUUAGCCUGGUUAUAAUGUACAAUGUAGAAAACAUCCUUGUUACUUGCAUGUCUAACCCCCUCACUGAUUCCCAACACUCGCUCUCUCCUCCCAUCCCCUCCAAAAAAAAAAAGAAAGAAAAAAAGAAAAAAAAAAGAUGGUUGCAAGAAGUUUUUUUCAUGGUAACAAACCUGAUUAGCA